AUGGCUAACUCCGGAAACACACGGAUUUAUCACUUGAAGGCUUUCAGAGAGCUACGAAUAGUGACCCUGGAAAAGUAUACCAAAUUUGAGGAGGAGGAUGAGGAAGAAUGCGUUAAAGUGCGUUUGUUGCCGAGCGGCAGCGGUGUAGGACACAAAAACGAGCACAACAGUAGUAGUAGUGGCGGUUUUCCAAGCACGGCCGAAAUAUUUGGAAGAGAAUUAAUAAUAGAUAAGGAGUACAAAUUUGGGUGUAACCAAAAAUUUGCCAUCUACACAUUCACAGGAUGCACAAUUCAAAUAAAAGGUCGAACGUUGCAGGAAUAUGAAAGUGGGAACAACACAAUGAAGGAGUACUUAUCCCUAUCGUAUACUUUGGAUGCCUACAGGAAAUUAGCAAAGAAGAAAAAAAAAAUUGGACCUAGAGUUCUCAUUACAGGAAAUAACAAUUCAGGAAAAAGUUCCGUUUCGUUGAUUCUGUUGAAUUACGCAUUAAAGUCAGGAUUCAAACCGAUCUUUAUUGAAGCAGAUACAAAGUGUACUUGUGAUAAAAUCGAAUUGAACAGGGGACCCGGGAUUAUGAGUUCCUUUGUUUACGACCCAAUGAAUCGGAUGAAGUGUGCACUAGAUUAUUACUUUGGCUACCUCGACCUGAAUGAAGACAUCAAUUUGUACUACCACCUGAAUGAGUGCAUAAGCAGCUGCGUUCACUUGAUGCUGCUAAACAAUUUGAACUCCGUCUCGUCUAGUGCUAAAACGGAUGCACAGCAGGAGGGCAUUUACGCCGCGGGUUUCAUUUUAAACGUUCCCUCGGAAGCCGACCACCACGUCAUUAACAACCUGAUUGAAAUAUACGGAAUAAAUAUCGUCAUCGUGAUUGAUAACGCGUUUUUGCACUAUUCGUUGAAGGACCAGUACGGGGAUGAUGGUGGUCGGCGUGCUGCAGACCGGGGGCGGGACUACGACAGGGAUUAUCGUGGCGAUACCUGGCGUGACUCCCCACCCGAAGCGCACCGUAAGGGAAACACUCUUCCCCCUGAAGAUGAACAACCAGACAACAACAAAGAGACGGAUGAUCCAGUCAGGAGAGUAGAAAUUGUAGGCAUGCCAAAGUACGAAGGAGUAAUCCCCUCAGAUAAUAACCGAAUAAGGUAUUGCAAAAAUCUGUGGUACUACCAAUAUUUUACGAAAGAUAUUAUCGUAACGAAAAACCUGUACAGAAAGAGCCACGUCAUUUCAUUCAGGUGUAGCUUAACUAGCUUCAUAAAAUUGGACACCAACUUGGCUGUGCCUUUGUCUGCAUUACCAGCCGAUGCGAGAGACAUACAGAGGGAAAACGUAACAGUCAGUUUGUAUAAUGGGAAUAUCACUAACCUGACUAACUGCAUUUUGGGCGUGUCCUACUCGAAGGGCCUUAAUUAUGUCCACCUGAUGAAUAUAGCUGCGUUUGUGCAUGUGCAAAGUGUGCGUCAGGUCGAAUCGGAGGUGGGGGAGGAGACUGAGAGGAGUGAAAAAGGCGCAGAAGAAGCGCAAGGAAAUGCAGAUGCGAAGAACGACUACGUGAUCGAAAUUCUGUGCCCACUCUCCGUCACCACGAAGAACCUCCCCCCCUACUUUGUCGUCCCAGGGAAUGCCAAGCAGAUGAAGUUUUAG